CAUCAACUUGAUCCACGUGCGUUGCAUUGCGCGUCGUGCGAUCUCCAGCAAGAUGGGUCGAUCUCGCCGCAAAUACGAUGCCAAAGCAAGGAGCUCACAACAGAAAAACUCCACAGACAACGAAAAACCGUCUGAGGUCGAAGUGGAACUAGAUGUGAGGCAGGACAAGUACGACAACAGCAAUGCCUUGGUACUGCCUUCCAAGAAAGUUGAAAAGAAAGAAGCCAGCAAAGUUCAAGAUGUCAAGGUGGCCCCAAAGCUGUCCAAGAAGAAGAAGAAACUUCUGCAGAAGAUUUUGGAAAAGAAGAACAAGAAGAUCAAUAGGGCUCACCUCUUGGAAGAGCUGCAGAAGUCACAGGCCAGCCAGAAGGAGCUGUCUAUGCUGAUUUCCACAUCCACCAUGCAGACGAAAGGUCUGAAACGCCUCGGCGAGCUCACGACUGCGCCUCAGCCAGACGAGAAGAAGGGGCCGACACGAAUAAGCAGUGUCAAAGGGAGCAGACGAAUGGCACCCAAGAGAGCCCGCAUCCAGAGGGACGACGUCUUAGGUUUCGACUCGGAAUCGUCUGAAUCUGAAGACAGUGCAGCAGACGACGACUGAGCCAUCGCCCAGUGAGGAGGGGUCUAGUGAGAACCAGGCUGCUCUAGAACCGAAGGAGAAUGGGAAAGACGAGGGUACUGACAACCCAGAGAGCGAUGCUGUAACAGAGAGUGCAACCGAAAAGACAGUCGAAGAUGCUCAGGC